UGGUCACAACCGUCACGAUCCAAUUGCCAGAAAACGUGGUUUGAAUCCCAAGGGAUCAGAAUGUGUAUAUGAUACUGGCGUCGAUUCACGCGCCGAUGACUGAGAUUGGGAAGGAUUUUUCUUUCCUUUUUGUUCGGCCUGAGCCCAUUUGAAGUAAGAACAUAGUGUGUAAUUUAUACUUUGAAUUUUGAGAUCAAAUCGAAAAGAAACAAAAGGAUCGUUCAAACUCCAUUUAUUAUUCUUUUUUUCUUCUUCAUCAUCACAGAGAAUCUAAACCUGAAAACCCUAACCCUAGGAUUUAGUACACUUCUCGAAUAGCUCAAAUUGAUCAAAAAAGAGAGAAAGAAUCAAGAGGAAAGAAGAGAGAGCAAUCAUUAUAUUCAGAGAGAAUUUUGACAGUUUCUGAUCCAUUUUUUUUUCAAAGAUAUUUUUUUUUCCCCUUUUAGGUGUAGCCCAAGCUGUGAACAACCAUCUCAUGUUCGCCAUUGUCAAGAUCCUCGAUGACCCAUUAACCAAAACACCGUCAAGUGCAAAACUUUACCAGACCCGGAACCCCAAUUAGUUGAUUUGAUAGAAAACCCAUAUGCUCAAAAACCGAGCUGAACAGCAAAACCACCGCCUGAGCUAGCAAAAACAACGAAACAGAGCAAAGAAGAACUCUGGCACACCCACACCCAUAUAAUGGGAGCUGAGAAGAAAUGGCUAUUUACCCUCUUCUCUGCCGCUUUCCUAUCUCUCAUUCUCCUUCUGCUGUUUUCAGUCUCUGCCUUCAGCUCCCCAAAACCUUUUCCUUCAAUUGUUAACCAUGGAGCCCACCAACCCCCGGCUUUUGCAUAUUACAUAUGGGGUGGUCGUCGUGACAGGGACCGGAUCUUCAGGCUAUUGCUUGCUGUGUACCACCCGCGCAAUCGAUAUCUGUUGCAUCUGACUAAUGAUGCCUCCGAGGAAGACAGGCAUCGUUUAUCUGCGUCUGUGAAGUCGGUGCCGGCAAUUCGAGCUUUUGGAAAUGUGGAUGUGGUUGGGAAGCCCGAUCGUCUAACAUACAUGGGUUCGACGAAUAUCGCCACGACUUUGCGUGCCGCGGCUAUAUUGUUGAGGCUGGAUAGUGGGUGGGAUUGGUUUAUCACUCUGAGUGCAAUGGAUUACCCGCUUAUCACUCAGGAUGUUUGUCCCAGGAAGACAUGCCUUAUUUUCUGGAUGCAUGACCUUUCCCUAGAUCUCUCUCAUGUAUUCUCCUCCAUUAGAAGAGAUCUAAAUUUCAUUGAUCACACCAGUGACCUUGGAUGGAAAGAAUUUCAGAGGGUGCAGCCUAUUGUAGUUGACCCAGCUAUAUACCUCGCCAGGAGGAGCCAAAUUUUUCAUGCUACAGAAAAGCGGAAAACUCCUGAUGCUUUUAAAGUUUUCACAGGUUCGCCAUGGGUUGUACUAAGCCGACCAUUUCUGGAAUUCUGCAUACUUGGUUGGGAUAACCUACCCCGAACCCUGCUUAUGUAUUUUACAAAUGUACUUUUGUCUCAAGAAGGAUAUUUUCACUCUGUUAUAUGCAAUUCACCAGAGUUUAAGAACACGACAGUAAACAGCGAUUUGAGAUAUAUGAUAUGGGACAGUCCCCCAGGAAUGGAGCCUCACUUCUUAAACACUUCUGAUUUUGAUCAAAUGGCCCAAAGUGGAGCUGCAUUUGCAAGACAAUUCAAGAAUGAUGAUCCUGUCCUGAACAUGGUUGAUGAAAAGAUCCUCAAGCGUGGGCAUAAUCGACCUGUUCCAGGUGCAUGGUGCUCUGGCGGGAAAAGCUGGUUCAUGGAUCCUUGCUCACAAUGGGGUGAUGUCAAUAUCAUGAAGGCUGGACCUCAAGCAAAGAAGUUUGAAGAGUCCAUUACUAACCUCCUUGAUGACUGGAAUUCACAGUCAAAUCAGUGCAAAUGAAGAUGCUUGACUUCAAGUUAGAACUUCUGAGACUAGGUGCUGUCUUUGCAUCGGACUCGUAGAUUGGUUUGCGAGACUGCCAUCAGUUUAGAUUACAUUUUUUGGCUCGUAAAGCGUAGAUUUUGAGAGUUGCUCUAGCCACAGGUACUUGAACGAGUGUGUAUAACAGGGCAGAGUGGCAGAGGGAAUGGAAGUGAAUUCACUUUGAUUUUGGGCUAUAUUUAGCAAGGGGGGCAAAUAUUCAAUGUAGAGCCACGAAAAGCCUUUGACUCAAUAGAGGGGCUUUCUCGUCGUCUUGCCCAUUUGCAUGCUCUUGUAGUUUCUACGUGUUUUGGGAUUAGGGUCCAUCGGUGUUGAAUAUUUGAUUAGUAUAACUUCAUUCUUUCGGUUCUGAUC